AUGGCCUCUCUGCUUCCUCGCUUAGCAUCUCCAUCCCCACCUCCAUACGAAGACGAACCACCACUCACUGACAUCCUUUCCAGCUUUAAAAAUCGAUCUCCACCAACCUUGACCCGCACUUUGCUGAACAUGACCCAACACAAGCAGGCAGCUGCUGCAAGCUCGCCCCCGCUCGAUAUAAAGAUCCAGGAUCUCAAGAACCGCGCUACUGUGCUCAAACACACCUCGCCUGCAAUUCCAAACAUUCGAUACAACCCGUUCAAUCGCCAGGAAAGCCCGUGUGUGACUGUACACGAAUCCAAACAAUUGCACGUCUCGCUUGUCCUCGACAAUGACUCCAUAUUUCUUCACAAGCUGGACACCGAGUCUCUCCUGGGUCAGACAAUUGAAGACGAUAGCACUCUCGAACAAAACCAGCCCUACAGUGGCAUUUUCUCUGGUACAUUGAAAAUUACUGUCAAAGGCCCCGAUGCAUUGCCGCUCAGAAACGUUCAAGUGCGUCUCAGUGGGUACUCUUGCGAGUACGCGUACGAAAACACCACUAAUAUCGUCAAGCUUGUCAAUGCGAGGGGCUCCGAUAUGUGUAGGUCAUACAAGGUUCCCUUCAUACAGGACGUCGUAAAGUUCAACACACAGCAGCAAAAGGAUUGCGAUUUAGAGUUGCUACCUCCAGGCUCUUACGAAUACCAAUUCAAAUUUCUAAUCGACUCAGAAAACUUUCCAGGGUCUGUAAAAACUCACAGAGGCUCCACCAUGUACCGGAUAGAAUCUUUUGUCACAAUACCCAAACCCAAAAGUAAGUUCGAAACUGUUUUUUUGACCUCAACUGUUUCGCUGAAAAAGACCUUUCCGCACGACCAGUACGGUCUCUUGCAGGGCAAUACUGCCUUUGGAGUUUGGAGGAAUGGAUUGGUCGACUAUGAUCUGUCGUUAAACUCGCGAAUUCUGGAGUUCGACAAGCCUUUCCAAUUGUCAAUGAGUUUGCAUCGGAAGCCAGACCGUUGUAAAAUCAAAUUCGUGCGCGUCAGUCUAGAACAAACAUUGACCCUUCCGUGUUUCGAUCAAAAAAGCAGCAUGACAUCAUGCAAAAACCAUCAAGAAACGAUAUCGUCACAUUUGGACGAGCUUGAAGAUUUUGACAAAGAUGAAACAUCCUACAGUUUGACCUUGAGCAACUUGAAAAUAAAGUCUUGUUCAAGGUCCUUACUAUGCAAUGAUUCCCUGUUCCCCUCGUAUGUAGAAACUGGAUCAUGUUUGCUAGGAUCAGCAGAAACCACUACCAAGCUAAAAAUUUCGCACGAAGUAAAGGUCGCUAUAGGCGUGCAUGUUAAGGGUUCAGAAGGCUGGAGCAAUGCAGAAGGUGUUCAAAUCCUGCUGAAGAUCCCAUUUGUUUUAGUUGAUCAGAAGUUAAGCUUGUCUACUCAACUGCCGAAAUAUGAGCCUAAAUCUCAAAACUCUAUUUCUCUAGGCAUCGAAAGAUAUCAGAGCGACUUAAACAUACCGACACCACCAGAAUACAAAAGAAUUGAAGACGAAGAAUGA